CCUUACGCCUGGUCGCUACAGGAGAACUCAUCCAUCAACCAUCUGACUACGGAGUAUCAAGAUGCGGCAAAAUGGCUCAACUGAAGCAAUGAAAUAGCCAGCAACUCUAAACAGCAUAGUUUACCCGUCACUCUCCGAACAUUGGCCGCUUAUGCGCGAGUGAUGCCUCUUCGCUCUUGUCGCUGCGAGGAGGAGUGUCAGUGUGGAAGGUCUCGACUGACAAUUGGGGCCUGGUCUGGAAGCCUGGGAGCCUGGGAGCACCUGACCAAGGUACAAAUGAGGAUUGCGAGGGCGACGCAACAAGGGUAUCUCUCAAGAGAGGGCGAGUGAGAGCUUCAGAAGACAGCAAUCUCCACUGCCUCCGCGAUCAAGUAGGAAGUGCCGUUGGUCACUUCACCAAGGACACAAGGACUCGUUCCGUGUCCCUCACCUGGGCAUUGCAAGAGGACGAGGGCACGGAAGUGAGAUGGUGGGGCAGUAGUCAAUAGCAGCAGGAAGAGGAGGGUUCCGAGCUUGGGUUUCAACUGCUCCGCAAGGAAAAGAGGGGGAGCUCGUGGUAGCAGGCCACUGGCAGCACGCAUGAAGAGAUUUGUGUGGUUCAUGAUGAGGACGAGGAGAUGAUCAUGAGGUUAUAAAAGGAGUUGGCAUUCGUCCGAAUGAUUUUCCACUGUUGGUUUUUUCUUUAUCAAUCCAACUGCACUGUAAGAAAAGUAUCUUGUUGUGUACAGCAGCUGUUUUUAUCUAAGCGAGGCUUUGAAAAAGACUCUCCUCAGCUCCUCAUCCCAGACCCCAGUCCGUGCAUUGAACCAUCUCCCUGACGUAAACUGAUUAGCUUUCCAAGGAUCGCCAGUCUAUCUCUCUCAGACUUCUACUCAAUCCAUCUCUCAUCUACAAUCUUUCAAAAUGGUAUUUGCCCGUGCAGCUGCGCGCUCUUUGCCGCGUGCAUCAUCCCUCCUCUCCUCCACUUCCCCGCACUUGGCUCGUCGAGCUGCCCUGCCCUCCUUUCAACCAUCCUCGAUUGCCAGACGCACGCUGACAGCCACCGCUUCUCGCCAGGGCAAAGUUCUUUUGGUUCUGUAUGAUGGCCAUGAGCACGCCAGAGACCAACCUCAACUCCUCGGCACUACAGAGAACGAACUCGGCAUCCGAAAAUGGCUUGAAGAUCAAGGACACACCCUGGUAACCACUUCGGACAAGGAGGGUGAGAACUCGACCUUCGACAAGGAAUUAGUUGAUGCCGAAGUCAUCAUCACCACUCCCUUCCACCCUGGUUACCUCACUGCCGAGCGUCUUGCUAAGGCCAAGAAGCUGAAGAUCGCCGUCACCGCCGGUAUUGGCUCUGACCACGUCGACUUGAACGCUGCCAACACCACCAAUGGCGGUAUCACUGUUGCUGAGGUCACUGGUAGCAACGUCGUCUCUGUCGCUGAGCACGUCGUCAUGACCAUCCUCACUUUGGUCCGCAACUUCGUCCCUGCCCACGAGCAGAUCGAACGAGGUGACUGGAAUGUUGCCGCUGUCGCCAAGAACGAGUACGAUCUCGAGGGUAAGGUUGUCGGUACCGUUGCCGUUGGCCGUAUCGGUGAGCGUGUGCUCCGCCGUCUGAAGCCUUUCGACUGCAAAGAGCUUCUGUACUUCGACUACCAACCUCUCAAGCCCGAGGUUGAGAAGGAGAUCGGCUGUAGACGCGUCGAGGAUCUCGAGGAGAUGUUGGCCCAGUGUGAUGUCGUCACCAUCAACUGCCCUCUCCACGAAAAGACACGCGGCCUGUUUAACAAGGAGUUGAUCUCCAAGAUGAAGAAGGGCGCAUGGCUCGUCAACACUGCUCGUGGUGCCAUCGUCGUUAAGGAGGAUGUUGCUGAAGCCCUCAGGACUGGCCAGCUCAACGGUUAUGGUGGUGAUGUUUGGUUCCCUCAGCCUGCUCCCAAGGACCAUCCUCUCAGAACCGCCAAGAACCCAUGGGGUGGCGGCAAUGCCAUGGUCCCUCACAUGUCCGGUACUUCCAUCGAUGCUCAGAAGCGUUAUGCGGCGGGUACCAAGGCCAUCCUCGAGAGCUACUUCUCCGGCCGCGAGGACUACAGACCUGAGGAUCUCAUCGUCCACAAGGGCGACUAUGCCACCAAGGCAUAUGGCCAGAGAGCGAAGAAAUAGACGGUCUGGGAUGUGCGAAUCUUGAUGCUAUACUGAAGCCUAUCAACUUAAAAAUGGGUGCUGUUAUGUCCAAGGAUGACGCUGUGCUCACAUGUAUCUUGCACCAUUUUGAGUACUACGUGCAGUGGCAUGUAUAACUGUGGAACUGGACAAGCUGCCUACAAUACCCUAGACAGCUUUUUGGUUAAUAUGAAAAAUAUUAACAAACUAUUUAUCGGUAACAAUGCUUUACGACCACC